CGUACUGUACCUGAACGUGCUUUUCCCACUCCUUUCUCGAGGACAUGGCGAGACUUACGUCGCCGCUGGUCAUGAAGCUCGCAGCAGCUUUGACUGGAGAUUGAUGCACACGCGCGUGCGCAUCGUAAAAAAUGGACGGCGGAAGUGAUUGAGGCGCAGCGCUCCGAUUUGGAACCCCGAAGACGGGCGGGUUGGAUGAAAAGGAGGCGGGCGGCGGGCGGGCCGUGCCUGCUUCGCACGACCCCCCGGUGCAAUACGCCCAGCCCGACCGACGACUGGUGUCCCUUCUAAGCAGAGGGGUGGAAGCAAAGGGAUGCGCUAUCUCUCCAACUACCACGUCGGCGACAACGGCGACUGCACCGACGACGACGACGAGGGAAAGAGGACGAGGUCGAGGACGAGCAUGGGGGAAGCACCUGCGUCUGUGCAUCUCGUCGUCGUCUUGCGAGAGGAGACAGUGAGCGCCAAGACAAGGACGCCGCAGGUCCGCGUCGAGGAAGAGUAUGUUUCAAUCAAGAGCGAUGAGGAGCUCAGCCCACCCUCGACGCCGGCGACAGCGACAGCAACAGCAGCAGCAGCAGCAGCAGCAGCAGCAGCAGCAGUGAUGGUCAAGCCCAUCGGCACGCCUGAGAUCAGAAAGAUGCUCGACUUCGAUCGCAUGAUUGAGCGGUGCUCUUUUCCCAGCAGCCAAGACCAAGACGAUGGCUUGGAGCCACAGACGGCGGACAUCAGCGGGCUGAGGAAGAUUGUCAUGGGCAACGAAAGGGCCAAGAUUGCAGAGCAGCGAGGGAUGAGCAGCGUCAGCGACGGAUACCACGCCCACAUGCCCUGGGAAGCAUCGGACGCGUGGAACCACGUCCUGGAUCAAAGCGACCGCCAGGCAUCCGAACGCAUUUCUCGGUGCCGAGCUGCCUCUGUUACCGGUGCUCCCAGUGACGCGCCUCAGCAACGAUCCAACAAGGCCAAGAAAACGGUUACCCCAACGACUACUCGUUGGCCGUGGACCCAGACGCACCUGCGGCAGGCGCCUCGAGGGCAACAGCAGGGUAUAGGUGCGCGAGAAAGCAGCAGCGGCAGCAGCAGCGAGCUCGAGGAAUUCCCAUGCAGGCGGUCGUUGAGCGACUACGCGCGUUCCGCCGAGACGUCGCAGGAGAAACUGGCCGGGCCAGUAGUUGCGCCGAUCAUCAAGACGCUCAAAACGCCAUUCAAGCGGUCAUGCGAAGAGCUGCGAGACUAUGUAGACGUUAUGCGAUCCGUGGCCCGAGACUCUUCGACAUCGUCUCCACCCAGGCACAGUCUAAGUCAGAGCCAGAGCCAAAUUUACAUCAGCGCGCCACCACCGGCCGUGGUAAAAUCGAGCGUGUGCAAGGUCUCGCAGACUCAACCGACAGUCACGCCUGGCGCUCAGCUUACGACGGCAAAUCUACAUGGCACCAACACAGCGGCCAGAACGGCAGACAGCUCUACGAGCAGCCCAACCAAGCCUGCAUGGUCGAGAGACCGUGAUGCCACCGGAGCAAUUGACCUCACAAAGGCAAAGAUGAGGCUCGACUAUCCGACGGGCUAUGAAGGCUUCAACGAGAUCCUGCCACCGCCGCCUGAGCGGAAAAAGAUGCGCAAAGAAUCUAUUCUUGGGCGCAAAAAGAGCACGGUCAUUGACAAGGACGCAUUGGGCGAGGAGAAGCUCGAGCAGCGACCGGUCAAGACGCUUCACUACUGGAGGCUCCACCCUCCACUCGACUACGACCCGGCAAAGGACCGUCUUGCGCAGUCCAGAGGUGCACUGCAGUAUGGCCAAGCCGUCUUCAAAGUCAAGGUCGAAAAACCCAGCUGGACGACGAUCAGCAAGCGCUACGAGAGCCCCAUCAAAGUGUACGACGGCCAGACUGGGCAAUGUCUUAUGGUUUGUAAGCCGCACGGCAAGCGCCAGGGUUGGCUUAGCAAGGGCUCGGAAUGGACAAUCGAGAACCAGCAGACGCAGGCCCUUACCUUUUUCUCUGAAUCGGGUGAUACCGAUGACUACUGCCUCCUCAUGGAAGACGGCCAGAGCUGGAGGCCCUACGGUCCUGACCGCGACAUUCGCAUCCGUCACUCCAACGCUUCGCGUUCCCGGAAAGCCCCCAUUGUGAUCCAGUACACGGCCGAUGAAGGGAGAUUCGGCACGCUGCGCCUGGGCCUGGUUGCGCCUGAGGCUCUCCUCAACAUCUGGGACUACUACGGGCUCCCGGACGAGUAUUCAGAAUACCUCCAGCCCAUCUCUAGAGAGAGCGUCUGCGACCAGGAGCAUCCGGCGAUGGCACCCUGCGAAGCUGGCGAGAGCACACUCAUGCGAGCCGCCCAUGCCGUCGCAAUCUUCGAGGUUGUCAAUGCGCUGAGAGAUGAGUGCUCGCAGGGCGCAGGGAGGUCCAGGCGAGACGAGAGGGGAAGGCUCGACAUCAUGCCAAGGGAGGACUGAUCUCGCUGGCCUAGCCAUUAACAAUCCCUUAGGACCACAAUGGUGAUGAC